AUGCCUUCCAUGCCGCAAACAAAUGGGGCAGACUCGGUGUCACUAGGUCAGCCUUCAUUUCUUCAUGACUUGAGAGCAUUCUUGAAGGAGUGGAUUCGAUUGAAUUGGAUGGAUGUGCUCCUGAUGCUAACCAUCGGCGCCUUGAGUAUGUGCGUUUAUUAUGCCCCGAUCAAGGUAGUGCGAACCUUUCCCAUCACAUUCAAUGGCUCGGGGGAUAUCGUGUAUCCCGAAUGGGCCUACCCCUACCGCGGUUGGAUUUUGCCAGCGUGGUUCUCGGGGCUGGUUUCCAUCCUUGGACCUAUACUUGUCUAUCUGCUUGCCCAGGUUCGAAUCAAGUCGGCUUGGGACGCCAGCAAUGCCAUCAUGGGCACAAUGUGGGCCGUCUCACUUGGGACGAUCUUCCAAGUGACUAUCAAGCAGCUCAUAGGCGGAUUCCGACCAUACUUUCUUGAUGUGUGCGAACCGGACAUCUCCCUAGCAAGAAGACACAACAAGACUGGAUUGAACGCGGUUGGGUUCCAGCAAGUCAUGUACACCACAGAAGUAUGCACGCAAACCGACACCUGGCGACUCAAGGAGGCGGUUACAUCAUUUCCAAGCGGCCAUUCAACCGCGGCCUUUGCGGGUUUUUUCUUCUUGUUUCUUUGGCUGAAUGCGAAGCUGAAAGUCUGGGCGGACCACAAACCGGCAUUUUGGAAACUAGCACUGACAAUGAGCCCACUGCUCGCAGCCGUCAUGAUAGCCUGCUCACUCACUAUUGACGCCGCGCACAACUGGUACGAUAUAGUGAGUGGAUCGAUGAUUGGCAUCGUCAUGGCCGUCGCUUCGUACCGGUCCACGUAUGCCGCCGUGCUGGAUUGGAGGUUCAACCAUUUGCCGCUGCGGGAGACUGAGCCUUUCGGUUACGACUGUGAUAUUGUGACGCAGACGGUUACACGUAGCGUCGGAUGGGGGGGAGGCGUGCACGGUUUCAACGAGCCAGGUGAGCGCGACAACCGUGAUUUCUGCGGACAUGAUUCGACGGAAGCGCAGAGGAGCGACACUGGCGAGACAGUUGUCGAAGGCAGACCCACGAGGCGGGCUGUUGCAAGGUCAUAUCACAGAGCUGGAGAGCUUGGCACAUGA